AUGAUGCUUAGGAGGAAUGCGGUGAGGCCAUUGAAAACUGUGCAAAUAUGCCUGAGAAACGUCAUCAAAUCUGGUUUGGUGGGUAUACUGAGCCAUCGCCCUAUUAAUGUGGCUUCGAGCGAACGUGCUUACCAUGUCAGUCCAGUUUCCCGUGAGGACCCAUUCGAUGGCGGUUCGAAUAAGAGGAAUAGAAGAUGGAAAAAAAAACCCGAUCGGGAUGAGUUAAAAGUGGAUCCGGCUUCCCCAUGGCGCCACGAGCUUCUUUCUUUUGAUGAGUGCGUUUCAUCCGCUUUAAAGUACUCUACCACCCCCUUACAGAAUACAUAUAGGAAAAUAGGAAACAAUCAAUUGAACAAGCAUCCAUCAUUUGCCCUGUUUUGGGAUUCCAUGGGUAGGGCAAUGGAAUUAUACUAUUCUUCAAGAGAAUCGCCUGAUUUCAACGCAUUUCGCGUAUCACGGUUGGUUCAUCUGCUACACAAUGGCCUGAGAUCAACUAGAGACCAACUAGUUAAAUUGAAUAGAAAGCCAGACUACGAUUCGCAGUCAUUCCACAAGGAGAUGAUGAACUUUUUAUGCAAUUCAUUGAAGGACAUCUCCGAUGAUGUUUUGACAAGCAAGGUUUCCAUCAAUGGAUACGGGGCCACUCACCUUUUGACCUCGUUUAAAGAACUAUCCUUUGACGAUGACUGUAUUCGAAUCUGGGAAACAGCAAAGAAUUUACCCAAUGAAACUGUCUCUCAAGCAUUUCAAGAACCAAAAGUACUUGGUUUUGUGCUACCGCUGCUCUAUGCAAAAAAUCACUCCUUAACUGAGGCUAACGAACUGUAUAACCAAGUCAUUCAAUCGAAGGAAUUUACUCAUCCCAAUCUUUUUUGCGGACUAAUUAAAGUGUUCAUCAAGGCUGAAGACUAUGAAAAGGCGUUAUCCCUCUUCGGUAAACUAUGUGAGAAUGCGGAAGUGAGAAAUUACGGCUAUUUGAUCGAAACGCAUCUAAGCUUUAUUGGCGAUUCUAGGAACUUAGCAUUGGCAGAAAGUUUUUUUGACAAAAUUAUCAAUGACGAGAUGCCAUAUAAGAUUAUUUUACAGGUCUCCACAGUGAAUUCGUUUUUGCAAAAUAUAUGGAAAGAGGAGAAGAACUUUGACUACGUCUAUAAAGUUUGGGAGAAAGCUGUCAAGUUCUAUGGUAACACUGUCAAUCCCGGGAUCUUGUCAUCAUUGAACAAUACUUUUUUCACAAUAUUCUUUGAAAAUUUUAUUGAGGAUAAGAUCAAGGGCUUCCACAAGCUGCAAGAAAUUAUAACGUUCUACAGCAGUGUCAAAAAAAUUGACGAACCGUUUUUCAAUGUCAUGUUGACCAAGGCUGCUACUUGGCACGAACGUAGUAUAAUCGAUUUUAUCGAUAAAAGCUAUACUUUGUACCAUAUUCCAAGAACUAUUAUAUCAUAUAGAAUACUACUAAAAUCUCUGGGAGGCAUAGACGAUACAAAUAACCAAGAGAUUCUGAAUAAAUGGUUAGAGCUGAUCAAGAAAUUGGAUGAAUUAGGCCAGCAGUACAUAGCUAAUGCGGAUCUAUCCGCUUUGAGGGAUGCAACUGUCGUCUGGUCGCAGUUAAAGAAGAAUGAAAAGACGUUCAUUGCAAAAUCUGAAAUAGCAUCAACGACUGCAACAAUCGCCACAGACAACACAAAAACUCCAGAGGCAUUAGAGCCACUGAAAGAGGACGAUUCUACAUCGAAGUUUGAAGACAGAAUAGAGUUGUACCUGAAAGUACUAAAGAGAUAUACGCCUUAUUUCCGUGCUCCCAAACAAGUGUUCAGAUAUACUGCAGGAUGCGCUGAGUCGUAUCCAAUAUUAAAUGAAUAUCUCGGUAGUUAUUCGAACUUGAGUGUCGAGGAUAUCCCUGUACCUCAACUGCACAGUUUUGUCCCCAGAGAGCAGCAGAGCUAG